GAGGGCAGAUGUGGCCAAGGCCAGCCCACCCCUUCUCAGCCCUGAGAGCUCCACCUCCACAGGCUCCGUGGGAAGGAGGCACUGAGCCACCUCCCUGAUUUUCCUACGUUGUCCGCCCAAGCUACCGAGGGGGGACGUUGUCCGCCCCGCCGCCCCACCUUUCGUGUCCCUCCGCUAGCUUAGCUUCCCACGGGACGAAGGAGUGGCCAGGGCUUUGAGCGAGGCGCCCCAAUGGCCAGUGCUGCGCUCGGAGCGGUCACACAGCAAAUUUGCAGCCUGGGCCCGCUGCAGCCGCCGGAGACGGAGCGCGGCGUGCCCUUGGCCGAGGACGUGGCCGAGCUCCCUGUGCUGGAUGCCUCUGGCAAAGGGAUUCCGUUCGGGGCGCUCUUCCGGGAGCGUCGGGCCAUCGUAGUGUUCGUGCGGCAUUUCUUGUGUUACAUCUGCAAAGAAUAUGUGGAAGACCUGGCCAAAAUCCCCAAGAAUUUUUUACAAGAUGCUAAUGUCACACUAAUAGUUAUUGGACAAUCAUCUUUCCAACACAUUGAGCCUUUCUGCAAGCUGACAGGGUAUUCUCAUGAAAUCUAUGUUGACACUGAGAGAAAAAUUUAUAGAAAACUUGGAAUGAAGAAAGGUGAAGGAAUUACUACAUCAGUGCGGAGUCCACAUGUGAAAUCCAACCUACUCUCAGGAAGCAUUCAAAGCCUGUGGAGAGCUGUGACUGGCCCCGUUUUUGAUUUUCAAGGAGAUCCAGCUCAGCAAGGUGGAACACUCAUUUUAGGUCCUGGUAACAACAUCCAUUUUAUACACCUUGAUAAGAAUAGACUAGAUCACAAACCUAUAAACUCCAUUUUGCAACUUGUAGGAGUUCAAGAAGUGAAUUUUACAGAUAAAUCUCUCAUUAUUGAUGUAUGAGUUAGAGAAACAUAUUUCUCUUUUCAAAACUUUAUCCUGAGUGGUGGAAAGUCUUCAAAAGAAAAUUAUGAGAUUAUUAAGAAAUGACCUAUUAGUUGAAUAAAACAGAUAAUAUUUCUUUGUUAUUAAUUUAUUCUAAAUGUCACUAUGAAAUAUCAAAAAUCUUUAUAAGGCAUUCUUUUUGUAGUACCUCAUUAGCUCACACACUUCUGUUCAGUUCACUUAAUACACAGAAAACUGUCCAGUGGUCACAGAUGGCAGACCACCUGUUUGGUCAUCUGGUGAAACCUUCUGCUUGACUGUUAGGAGGACUGGAUAAUAAAAUGUUGAUUGUUCAACUCAGCCUAUUAAUGUAUAAAUAGUCACAACAAAAACAUACUCAACUGACAGUUUUGUUAUGAAUUAUUUCAUUUUAUUUUCAUUUUUGCACGUUUCUUAUGACAACAAAAAUGUAAAUGUUUGAAAAUUAAGUAAUGUGUUUGAAAUAUAGGCAAGUAUAUAUUUUUGUACUUAGUAUUUUUUCUAAUUACAUGUAAAGAUUAUUUUCAAUAUUCACUUUUAUAAGAUUUUGAGUACCAAAUUUUUCCCCCCUCUCUCCUUUUGUUUACCCCUCUUAAAACAGCAACCAACCUGAUAGAGAUUUUGGAUGUACAAUCCUUUUAAACUUAGUUCUAUUAUUCUGAUUCUUCUUUUACAACAUGAUUAAUGUGGAUAUAUAAUUAAUAUUGAUUUUGCAGGUGGAUUUUUUAAAAAAGCAAUGUUUCAAAUUUUUUUAAUAAUAAAAAUGGAAAUUUUUCUUAGAAUAAAUAACAUGUAAUAAUUACUGAA